AUGUCGUCUUUAUUGUUACAGGAGGAGGAGAUGUUUUCAUUGCCAACAACACCUAAUAUAACCACAUCAUCAUCAUCUUUGUCGUCAACAACAUCCGUUCCAAUUCCUGUGGUAUCUGCCGAGAAGACGCAUGGAAUAGCAAUCGAUGAGCCGUCGGUGGCUCAUCAAGCAAUUCUGUUUAUUCUUGAUGUGCUCAUCCGUAACAAUCAAGCCAUGCCGAUGGUGAAGCUUUACGAUAGCUUCGCUGAUCGAACAUUUACACCUCAAAUGUUGCGUGCUGUCGGCGGUAAUGAGCAAGGAUUACAACAAUUCUUGCUUCGGUAUCCAUCAUUAUUUACGGUAAAUAAUGAUACCGUAUCAGCAAAUAGUGCAACACCAGUACGCACAAUAAAUCCAGCAAAAUCUCAUCAUAAUAAAAGCAAAUCAACGAUUUCAUCCGCCUCGAUUGGCGAGGCGAAUGAAAUUGCUGGUGGAACAGAAACAAGUACAACAUUAUCGAAUAAUAAUAUUACAAAUAAUACUGAAACUAUAUGGGAUGCUAAAACAAUGCGUGAAAUUGAACAAGAAGCAAUAAAUUUUUUUAAGAAACAAUUAUCAAAGCGUGAAGAAGAAUGGUUACCCAUUGUUAGUGUUGCUGGACAUGCAUCACAAGCAUCUGCCGAUGUACGAAAAUAUGUUGGACCACAAAAUGAAUUUAAAGUAUUUCUUUUACGUUAUCCACAUAUUUUUCUUGUUCGCGAUGAAUUUUGUGGUCUUAAAGGUAAAGCAGACUUACCAGGUGUACUAUUUCCACCUCCAUCACCACCGCCAAAACGUCGUGUUACAUUAUCAAAUAAUAAUAUGAUGAAUGUUAGCGGAAAUAGUUUAAUGUUAACACGUUCAACAUCUUUUAAAUCAGGUACACGACCAUUAAUUGGUAAUACCAAUAUGAAUAUGAAUAAUGGAUCAAUGCCAAGUACACCAACAAAUAGUAUAAAUCCAUCGAUGUUACUAUCGUCUUCAUCACUAUCAUCAUCAUCGUCAACAACAGCAGCAACAACAACAAUGACGACGGCCAUAACUCGAAAUACACAUCAACGUUUAACACCAAACGAAGUUAAAGCUGUGCAUUAUGUAAUGCGUUCAUUACAUAAAAGUGGUCGUAUUCUACUUCAAAAUGUACCUGGAUUAAUCGCUCGUGCACCUGAUCAUCUUGCUCAAUUGAUUGGAUUUACUCGAGAUGAUCUUAUAACAUUUUUUAAACGGCAUAAUGCCGUAUUUCAAUUACACAUAGAUGGUACGGUGAGUGUGAAAUCGGAAGCGGCACGAACUUUAUUAAAUAAAAAUGAUAAUCUUCAAACAUCAUCAUCAUCAUCAACCGUAAUAACACCAUUAUCACAAACUCAACCUCAAUCUCAACAAUCAACAUCUAUGACAGCAUCGGGUGUUGUUAUAAGAAUUUUUCCGAAAUACGGAAUUUUAAAUAUGGAAAAUAAUGAGCAAGUUUUUUUCGAUAUACAAUCAUGCCAUUUUGAAACAUUUAAUGAUCUUACAUGUGUUCUUAAUCCCGGCGAUUCAAUGAACUUUAAUGCUAUACUUGGUCCAAAAGAAGGUUCAACAAAGUGGAAAUCAUUGAAAACUUGGCCACGUCAAAACAAUCGUCCUGCUCAAUUAAUGACAUCUAUUUCAUUAGCUAAUUCAAAUUCUUCAAUACCUCAUAUUGUUCAUUCGGCAAGUACAAAUAAUCUAUCAUCGAUUACAUUAAGUAAUGGUGGUUAUAUAUCACCUCCAGCAUUGGAUCAUUACUCAACAAAUCAACAACAACAACAUCAAAAUUCUCAACCGUCUAACGGAUAUACACCUAUUGAUCAAGAUCUAAAUGCUUAUCAAAUGUCUAAUGAAACAAACGGUGGACUCGAUGAAUCGAUUGAUAAUAAUAAUAAUAAUAAUAAUAAUAAUUCAAAUGGAAAUCAAUCUCCACCGAUGACAUUCAUAAACUCCACCGGUUCUAAUCGACAUAGUCGUAUUGGUUUACCAACGCUUGAUGAAGAACAAUGUCCACUGCCAAAAAUGGCGGGUGGUCUCGACGCUGAAGUUCUCCGACGUAAUCUAAAAAAAGUGGCACAACGUAAAAAUGCAAUAUCCCUACGUGAACAAGCCGAUGAAACAGGCCGAUAUGUCUCACAAGGUUGUCAAACAACAUCAACAGGAGAAAUUUUAGCUACAAAUAUACAUAUCGAAUAA